CAACGACAGGGUCUACUCGAUAUGGAUUAGGCGUAAAUGAAACCUUUGCAAAAAUCUAAAAAAAAAGAUAUUUAAUUAAUAUCAACUCAUUAAAUAAAAAAAGGAGUAUGCUUAAGUUAAUGAAUAUGUUUCAUUCAUAUAUAAUGUGUACACCCUGUGUACGUUCUAUCCUAUAGGAAUUUUACUAUAGGAAUUCGAUAGGAAGGAAUUCGAUAGGAAUUGAGUUGUUGUUAUGGUAAGUUAACACGGUUCGUUAUUAAACCGUGGAUUUGAUUCACCAAAUCCAUCAUUAUUGUAUACUCUUUGAUAGAUAUAGCGCAACCCAAACCCUAAUCUUUAUUUUACAAUUUUUAAAGUUCUUCCCCUUUGAUAUUUUGAAUCUAAAUACCUAAAUACUAAGAAAAUUCUCUGUUGACAGCAAUCUAUGCUUCACAGUAGUAUAUAUUUUGUAUAUCGAAGUCCUAGAUAGGAAAGUAGAGUAGGCACAGAUCCUUCACAAAAGGCGAAAUUUAUAUGAAAAAAAUGGAUUGAACUUUCCAACGGAUUCAUUCCAUAAGUAAACGAUUGAAUGGGAUUCGCUUGGGCAACGAAAUCAAGUGCGAGUCCCCUUUUCUUUUUUAUUGAAUUAACUAAUUCAUUUCCUUUUGACUUUUGGAUUUUUGGAUAUUUUUUUUGAUUUGGCAUUAUUCAACAAGAAAAAAAAUUUCGACAAAUUCCUUUUUUUUUGAAAAUUAUGUGAUAAUUAUGAGAACCAAUCCUACUACUUCGCGUCCCGGGAUUUCCACAAUUGAAGAAAAAAGCGUAGGGCGUAUUGAUCAAAUUAUUGGACCCGUGCUGGAUAUCACUUUUCCCCCGGGCAAGUUGCCUUAUAUUUAUAAUGCUUUGAUAGUCAAGAGUCGAGACACUGCCGAUAAGCAAAUUAAUGUGACUUGUGAGGUACAACAAUUAUUAGGAAAUAAUCGAGUUAGAGCUGUGGCUAUGAGUGCUACAGAGGGGUUGAUGAGAGGAAUGGAAGUGAUUGACACGGGAACUCCUCUCAGUGUUCCAGUCGGUGGAGCUACUCUCGGACGAAUUUUUAACGUUCUUGGGGAGCCUAUUGACAAUUUGGGUCCUGUGGAUACUAGUGCAACAUUUCCUAUUCAUAGAUCUGCGCCUGCCUUUAUCGAGUUAGAUACGAAAUUAUCUAUCUUUGAAACAGGUAUUAAGGUGGUCGAUCUUUUAGCUCCCUAUCGACGUGGAGGAAAAAUCGGACUGUUUGGGGGGGCAGGAGUAGGUAAAACAGUACUCAUCAUGGAAUUAAUCAAUAACAUUGCUAAAGCUCAUGGAGGCGUAUCCGUAUUUGGCGGAGUAGGGGAACGGACUCGUGAAGGAAAUGAUCUUUAUAUGGAAAUGAAGGAAUCCGGAGUAAUUAAUGAAAAAAAUAUUGAGGAAUCAAAGGUAGCUCUAGUCUAUGGCCAAAUGAAUGAACCGCCGGGAGCUCGUAUGAGAGUUGGUUUAACUGCCCUAACUAUGGCAGAAUAUUUCCGAGAUGUUAAUAAGCAAGACGUGCUUUUAUUCAUCGAUAAUAUCUUUCGUUUUGUUCAAGCAGGAUCGGAAGUAUCCGCCUUAUUAGGCAGAAUGCCCUCCGCAGUGGGUUAUCAACCUACCCUUAGUACAGAAAUGGGUUCUUUGCAAGAAAGAAUUACUUCUACCAAAAAGGGAUCUAUAACUUCGAUCCAAGCAGUUUAUGUACCUGCAGACGAUUUGACCGACCCUGCUCCUGCCACAACAUUUGCACAUUUGGACGCUACUACCGUACUUUCCAGAGGAUUAGCUUCCAAGGGUAUUUAUCCCGCAGUGGAUCCUUUAGAUUCAACCUCAACUAUGUUACAGCCUCGGAUUGUUGGCAACGAACAUUAUGAAACUGCGCAAAGAGUUAAGGAAACUUUACAACGUUACAAAGAACUUCAGGACAUUAUCGCAAUUCUUGGAUUGGAUGAAUUAUCGGAGGAGGAUCGUUUAACUGUAGCAAGAGCACGAAAAAUCGAGCGGUUCUUAUCACAACCGUUCUUUGUGGCAGAAGUUUUUACCGGUUCUCCAGGAAAGUAUGUUGGUCUUGCAGAAACAAUUAGGGGAUUUCAACUAAUCCUUUCCGGAGAAUUAGACGGCCUACCCGAACAGGCUUUUUAUUUAGUGGGGAACAUCGAUGAAGCUAGCACGAAAGCUAUAAACUUAGAAGAGGAGAGCAAAUUGAAGAAAUGAAAUUAAAUCUUUAUGUACUGACUCCUAAACGAAUUAUUUGGGAUUGUGAAGUGAAAGAAAUCAUUUUAUCUACUAAUAGUGGCCAAAUUGGUGUAUUACCAAACCACGCCCCCAUUAACACAGCUGUAGAUAUGGGUCCUUUGAGAAUACGCCUCCUGAACGACCAAUGGUUAACGGCGGUUCUGUGGAGUGGUUUUGCAAGAAUAGUUAAUAAUGAGAUCAUCAUUUUAGGAAAUGAUGCAGAACUGGGUAGUGACAUUGAUCCAGAAGAAGCUCAACAGGCACUUGAAAUAGCCGAAGCUAACUUGAGUAAAGCUGAAGGUACGAAAGAAUUGUUUGAAGCGAAGCUAGCUCUCAGACGAGCUAGGAUACGAGUCGAGGCUGUCAAUUGGAUUACCCCCAUCCAAUUGAAGACAAUCCAAAGAUUCGUUGAUACAAAGAAAAAGGAAAGAAGGGUAGAAAAAGUUAUUAGAUAGCGAAGCGAAGUAGAUCCCAAUGCUAUCUAGUAAUUUUUCUACCUACCUACCUACUAUUGGAUUUGAACCAAUGAAUCCCGCCGUAUGAAAGCAAUACUCUAACCACUGAGUUAAGUAGGCAAUUUAUCACCACAAAAGAAGCCCAUUACUUCGAUCGAUUAUAGAUUGAAUCCUUUUUAUAAGCAAUACCGCUCCGUUAUUGGUAUGUUUAUGUUAUAUAGUAACGGAUCAAGGGAUAUCCUCUGGCAUUAGAGAAUAUUCAUCUUGACAAGAAAUUAUCUAUAUGUUAAGAUAUCUCUGACAAGGGCUAUAGCUCAGUUCGGUAGAGCAAACUCGUUUACACGUGCGCCAAUGCUUUUCAAGGGAACUUUUUAUGCAAUGAACAUAAUUGACCUUGUUGCAAAAUCAAUGUCUUACUUCAUGGAUUCGAAAGAAUAGAAGAACAGUAGCCUGACAAUGACAAACAGCUGGUUCAGUCCGAUUCAGGUGCCAAUUAAGGUGCUUACUCAAAUAGAACUCCUAUUGAUUUGCUAGUUGAUAAGGUAAAUAUCCAGCCCACUCAAUGCUAGGCGUAAUGAGGAUAAGGGCCUCCAAAAAACCUUCUUUUCGUUCUAUGAACUUUAAGGGUGUAUGAAGUCCUCAUAGUAAACUCUUGCAGCGGAACGAUAGAGACUCCAUUUCACUUAGGUUGAUUUAAUUUAGGCCGGAGGCAGACCUAAGUCAAGGUAAUCCUCCUUUGAAACACUUUGGUAUUGUUCCUAGAUAGAUCAUAAGACAAAUAAUCAAUCAGAGCACAGGGAGCCAUCUUAUUAUCUUUCCCUAAAGAAAAACUAUGGCGAAUUAACUGAUCUUUACAUUAGUUGAUGAAAGAGCCCAAUGCAGAAAAAAUGCAUGUUGGGUCUUUGAAACAGUUCGAAUCAUUUCGAUAAUAAUCUGUUUGAUCUGUUUUACCGAGAAGGUCUACGGUUCGAAUCCGUAUAGCCCUAAUAUAUACGUCUUUUUUCCAUUUUAGGAUGGAUAUCUUAUGUUUCCUUAGUAUAGUUUUCUUUUCCUUAUUUAGUACUUGUUUAUAGACUCGACGGUCGAUUGCGCCAUAGAAUAGAGAUAAAAGCAUUACCAUAGGCUCAUUCAUCGAAACGCAAAUCAGAGAGACAGGAAAAGAAAAAAGAUUUUGAUCAAAUCAAUAGAAGGAAGGAUCCCUUACCUGAUUUGAAUUUCAUCCUCCUUUAAAUAGGAUAUGCUCUAAGUCUUCCCAUACUUUCCUAUAAUGACUGCAACGAUUUUCUCCAUUUUGCGAAUUCCUAUUUUAUUUGAAGUAUAUUACUAUCAUAUACAUUAUCUAAAUCGAUCCACUUUAAAUAAAUAGAAAAAAUCGAAAGAAAAAAAAAAAGAAAGAGUAAAUAAUAAAACAGGAUAUUCUGUUUCAUAAUUCUGAAAUAGAGUUCUUUUUUUAGUAUUACUCCUCAUUAGGAUGUAUAUAUUAAUCAUCCUAUUUUAAUAUAUAUUAAUCAUCCUAUUUUAAUUAGGUUCUAAUCCAAUUAGUAGUAAGUAUUUUCUUUUUUAUUUAAUAGUCUCUGACUAUCAUUAAAUAAAGGGUAGAGCAAUUCUUUUUUCUAGAGAUUCUAGAGAAAGUGAGACAAAGUGAAGCGAAAGAGUUUUCUUUGUAUAAGAAUUAGGUCUAUAUCAUAUCUAAAUAGAAGGGAAAUCAAAAAGAAGGGAAGUGGGGAUUACAUUGGAUGAAUCCUUAAGGAAGACAUAUCACAAAAGAAAUAAAGCUAAAGUAAGCGCUCCUUGCCUUUGGUUUGAGCAAAACAGAUUCUUGUUUCACCGAGGAAAAGAGAGAAGUUCUGGAUAAAUUGACAAUGUCAACUUGAAUUGACUAAUUCAGUUCCGCCUAUUCCACAUUAAUGGGAGUACAUUUAUGUUUCUGCUUCACGAAUAUGAUAUUUUUUGGACAUUUCUAAUAAUAGCAAGCCUUAUUCCUAUUUUGGUAUUUUGGAUUUCAGGACUUUUAGCCCCGGUUAGUGAAGGACCAGAGAAGCUUUCUAGUUAUGAAUCGGGUAUAGAACCCAUGGGGGGGGCUUGGUUACAAUUCCGAAUACGCUAUUACAUGUUUGCGCUAGUUUUUGUUGUUUUUGAUGUGGAAACAGUCUUUCUCUACCCUUGGGCAAUGAGUUUCGACGUAUUGGGUGUAUCCGUUUUUAUCGAAGCUUUCAUUUUUGUGCUUAUCCUAGUUGUUGGUUUAGUUUAUGCAUGGCGAAAAGGAGCCUUGGAAUGGUCUUAACUGAAUAUUCAGAAAAAAAAAAAAAAGAAGGAAAAGAUUCCAUUGAGACAAUUAUGAGUUUGAUUGAGUUUCCGUUACUCGACCAAACAAGUUCCAAUUCCGUUAUUUCAACUACACCAAACGAUCUUUCAAAAUUGGUCAAGACUCUCAAGUUUAUGGCCCCUUCUAUAUGGUACCAGUUGUUGUUUCAUUGAAUUUGCUUCAUUAAUAGGCUCACGAUUCGACUUUGAUCGUUAUGGAUUGGUACCAAGAUCAAGUCCUAGACAAGCGGACCUAAUUUUAACAGCUGGUACGGUAACAAUGAAAAUGGCUCCAUCUUUAGUGCGAUUAUAUGAGCAAAUGCCUGAACCGAAAUACGUCAUUGCUAUGGGAGCCUGUACUAUUACAGGGGGCAUGUUCAGUACAGAUUCCUAUAGUACUGUUCGAGGAGUUGAUAAGUUAAUUCCUGUGGACGUCUACCUGCCGGGUUGCCCGCCUAAACCAGAGGCUGUUAUAGAUGCCCUAACAAAACUUCGUAAGAA